AACAGUAUCAUAAAAAAGAUUCAUAUCACUCACUAGCUUCUCUAAAGUUCUGGACCUUUCAUAUUGUAUAAUUAUAAUGGACAACUAUGGUGCUCAUGAAGCCCAGGUCUCAGAAGGCGGAGAAGCAGAUCUACAUAGACAUUUAGCUGAUUGCACGAAAAAUCCUGGUCACCGAAGCUUCAUUCCUGUCGAUACAUUCACCCUAGACUAUCUUCCUGAGAGUCAACGCGACUUGGACUUGUGCGAGCUUAUCAAGUGUGUCGCUGAUCUGACCGUGAGAGUAAGUGUCAGGAUGACCAGCCCAGGUAGACCAAAGUUCUGGCCAGAUUCCACCUUACCAUACCCUUGCAGCAACAAAAAUGGUGGGCACUUGAGAACAGGAAGUGGAAAAAUCCGUCAAGUGCUGAAGUACGAACACACCGCCUGUAGAUGUGAUAAGUGCAAACAAUCAGAGAAAUUAAGUGAUGUCUGGUGGGUCAUCGGAAUACAGACAGCCACUCAUGUUGUCUAUGACGAUGUAGAGGCUGAAACUUCGAACAUAAGAUUGUUUUACGAUAAAAAGAGUAGCCCCUUGUUUGUUCUGGACAAUGUCCGAGUUUGGAGCAUCAGCGUUGAAAGCUGUUUUGAAAUGCGUCACCUGCAAUGAAGCCAUUGCCCGGAAACUGGAGACCAUGAUGACAAGAUUCAAGGAUCUUCAGAAGAAGGUCUUUGACAAAUUUAGCGGAACUAGAGAAGGUCAUAGGCUGACCUUUAUCGUUUCCCCUCCUCAUGGGUGCUCUAAGCAGAUCAGUCUCGGUCGAUGGAUUGACAAACGCCAUGUGGAUGAGAAAGAUUAUUUGCACAAGUUGAGCUACACGACAGCUACUUGUCCUGGCAGCAGUGGAGCCGCUGUUUACUGUGUUGGGUAUAUCAGCUAUUGGUGGGUUUACCAUCAUGUCCACAGUGGGGCCGUACCUUUGGGACCUAACUACAGCGCAGUAGGAUUUGUAUAUUAAAGUCGGAAGCACCUAAAUCGCAAAGAAAAAUAAAAAUUAAAGAACUAUUAUUGCAUUUGGUUCAAUAUUAUAAGCAGAAGCACAUGAUAGAGCAUCAUGGCGUCGCGCUUUGAAAACUGGCGCACAAAUUCUUGAGGACAGGAGGACAGCGCUGGCAGAAGAAAAGCGCCAGAGGAAAAAGCAAGGCCAAUGACACUAGCUCCGGCUGAAAAAGCCCUGCCCAGUUUGAAGUCAAUAGUGCAAACGCAACUUUGGUUGACGAAUAGAUAUAGUCAGUCUUAAUUAAAUUUAAAGAGUUGCUGUGUCUGAUACAUAGGCUAUCAUGGUGACAAUAGAAAAUAGUAAAGGUAAUUCUAAAAAUAGCACAGGGGAAAAUACCCAAACAAACUUAUGUUGUUUACUGAAAUAAUUUACUUCCCUUUUUUGUAGCCUAGAAGAGAAAAAAAGUGUGAGAGGAGAAGUAGAGAGAAUAGAGAAAGAAUAAAGAUAGAGAGAUAGUAUAGAGAGAAAAAAGAGAGGAGAGAGAGAAGAGAAAGAGAUAAAAAGAAGAGAGAGAAGUGAGAGAGAAUGCAAUAAGAAACAAGAGAAACAAUAACAAAAUACUUUUUAAAAAACAAAGCUUAUAUUAAGUGUAAUUGUAUCAAUUAGUUUGGAUCAGUCCUGUACUUUUAUGUACAAAUUGAUCUAGACACAAUAAAGAUGUUCGAUUAGAAAUAUUUUUACAAAUUGUCUUGGCUAGCCGAUGACGCCAGUAAGGAGUUCAGUGGAUAUAGUCCUUGUCUGAGUUCUUUUUGAUGCCAUGUUUAGUAAUCAAUUGUUUCCUUACAAUUUCCAGCCAAACAUCGAUACAUUUAUUCCUGUAUUUGGGAAAACAGGCUCACAUAGGUCUCACCAGCCACAUGAGGAGAAACAAAACGACAUUGCAAUGCCCUUCAACCUCCUGGAUGACAACAGAGGUCAUCAUCGAAAUACAAUAGACGAACUAUAUAGGCUUGUUAAUUUUGUAAUUUAUUAAAUGAUUAAAGGAAAAAGGAUAUUUUCAAAGUUAUACUUACAAAAACUAUUUUUCAGUGCUGGUCAAGUGUUAAUUACAAUGGAAAAAAAAAUUUUUUUUUACAUAUGAAUGCUUAAUAUAGACCUAUCAUUGCCUCCCACUAGAUCUAAGUCAAAAUAAUAAAAUUGUUCUAGAUUAAUGAGCUAGAUUAAUGAGCUAUUCAGAGCUAUAAAAAAAUAAAAUUUCAAAUUCAGUCAUUGGACAUGUGUUAUAGCAACAUAAAAAUGGCCUACACAUCUCGAUCGUCAUUUCCCCUCGUAGAUUCGGACCACACAAUGAUCCAUCUUACAUCCACGUACAAACUGGUUUUAAAAACAACAAAACCCGAAGUACAGUCCAUCCAGUCACGGUCUGAUGAUGCUGUCUUACAGCCACAAAGUUGUCUGGAGCAGAAUGGGACAUGUUUGUAAACAACUUCACAGACAGAUGAACUUACCACAACUGUUAAUUCGUACACAUCCAGUUCUGUGAAAACAUGAUUGUACCAAAGAAGAAAAUUAAAAACAUUCAGUAAUAAUAGACCUUGGAUGACCAACAUUAAAAAAUUAACAUUCUGUCAUCAUCAAGAAGUACAUAGAAGUCUAUUUAUAAGACCUGGUUAUGAGUGUAUGUGUUUUUUUUUUCGUGUGUGAAUGUUGUUCGUAUGUGCAUGUAUAUCGUGCAUCUAUAUUGUUAUUGUACAGUAGUUACUCUGAGGUUGUCAAUUGUAGUCGAAAUGAAUUUCCAUUUGUUUGGAUCAAUAAAGUUAUCUUAUCUUAUCUUAUCUUAUUGCUAAGUGAAAUUGAUGAUGUAAUUGUGUUUGUUACAAAGCUUAUAUCAACUCAUUUUGUCUGUCUGUUUAGUAAAAAGUUUGUACACGUUAUUUCUCCGACUCUUCGACAUAUAUUGUUUCUUUCCAUUUAUUGCGGCGACCUAUAAGGGGGACUAAUUCAGCUUAUACCACCUCUUCAGUCAAGUACAGUUUCUUUCUCUUGUUCGAGACAGGAAACAAAAUAAUUACCAAUAGUUAAUUAACUAAUUUUUGUUUUUUUGUUUUUUUUUUAGCCUUUAUUAAUUAUUGUGUUGUCAGGUAAAAGAAAUAAUUGUAGUGGCGUCACUUGGAAGGUGGUCACCCCCCGCACCCCCUUUUAAAAUCCUGUGUUGUUUUCGUUUCGCUUGUUUGUUGAACUGUUAUACAUAUAGUUUAUAAUUACCUACGUUAUUUGAUGGUUGAACUGUUAUACAUAUAGUUUAUAAUUACCUACGUUAUUUGAUGGUUGAACUGUUAUACAUAUAGUUUAUAAUUACCUACGUUAUUUGAUGGUUGAACUGUUAUACAUAUAGUUUAUAAUUACCUACGUUAUUUGAUGGUUGAACUGUUAUACAUAUAGUUUAUAAUUACCUACGUUAUUUGAUGGUUGAACUGUUAUACAUAUAGUUUAUAAUUACCUACGUUAUUUGAUGGUUGAACUGUUAUACAUAUAGUUUAUAAUUACCUACGUUAUUUGAUGGUUGAACUGUUAUACAUAUAGUUUAUAAUUACCUACGUUAUUUGAUGGUUGAACUGUUAUACAUAUAGUUUAUAAUUACCUACGUUAUUUGAUAGUUUGAACUGUUAUACAUAUAGUUUAUAAUUACCUACGUUAUUUGAUGGUUGAACAAACUUAAAAAUGAGUGUCUAUUACAUUUUAAAAUUCAAUGAAAACUCAAUUUAUCUAAAGUUCAUAAGGUUUGUGUAGUCAUGUGAAACUCUGCACUCAUCCUUAAUCUUAUCGUAAUUAUAUAUAAUACAGAAACCAGUGAAAGCAGGAUAACUCUAACCUCCACCUUUGGAUCUUCUCAUUCUUGAUCUUGCCUUUAUUUUGUCUACAAUACAUAAAGGACGCGGAUCGCUGGUCUGUGACUAGGGUAAAGGGUCUUCCGAUAAGAAAGUGUUUCCACGUUCUCAAAGAUUGUACUAUUGCAUACGCUUCUCUUUCCAACGAUGAGUGUGUCCUUUCGCUUUGCGAUAGUGUCCGGGAAAAGAAGGCCACAGGCCGUCCGUCUUGGUUAAGUGUAGCUGAUAUAGCUAUGUCAGAAGCAUCUGUCUCCACUGUUAGCGGGCGAUUGUAAUCUAUGGUGUAAUCAGCGGAUUUCUCGAGCUCGUCCUUCAGGUCCUGGAAUGCUUGUUUGACCUCCUCAGGGACAGGAAAUCGUUUAUUUCUAGUUAACAAGCUGCUUUCGUCUGAGAAAUUAGGAAUCCAUUGAGAAUAAUUGGCCAGCAGGCCAACUAUUCAAUUCUAUUCUCACAGGUUCGACGGAGCAUUUAAUUCCCGCGAGCCUCUGAAUCUUUCUGCGUCAGGCUUGAGCUGACCUUUAGAUAUUUCGUAUCCCAGCAGUCUGACAAUGUGUUCCGAACUCCCUUUUAGCUUCGUUGAAAGUAAUACUACUGCAGGUUUCUAUCAUGAGACUCGGCAUCAUGUCCACAGAUGGUCACAUUGUCCACAUAAGUGAAUGUAUUUUCUAGUUGCUCGUCUUCGAUUAUUUUAUCUAUAGUUCGUCGGAAACAAGCCACUCCAUUUGUAACUCCAAAUGGAAUUCUUCGAAACUGGUAACUGAGGUCCAGAGUGCUGAAGACAGAAAAUUUUGCUAUCUUUUCUAAUAAUUCAUCCAUUCUUGGCAUGGGAUAGGCGUCUAACAGCGUAAGCCAGUUGAUCGUCUGACUAUAGUCAAUAAUCAUUCGUCUUUUGUGCCUCGCCAGGGGGGUUUUGAAGGUUCUAAUACUUCUUCUUUUAAUAUUCUCUGAAUCUCAGCAUUAAUAAACUUAGUAUCAUGUAAUGAGUGUCUGCGCGACUUAGUUUCCAUUGGAGUGCAGUUUGAAGUUACCAAAAAGGCUAGGUGCCUCAACUUAAGCUGGUCUAGGAGUACCUACUGUUGAUGUGUGUGUUAUAUAGGUAAGGCUGCAU